AUGUUAGCUUGUGUGUGUCAACCAACGGAGACAGCAUUAUUAUUCAAAGGAGGACCACCUGUUGCUAUGGGGCCACUUGGUACUAACAAAUUACGACAAAAUACUACAGAGGCCAUGAAAUCCUUAAAAUUGAUAUCUACUUCAGUUCGACGAACCAGUGAUGAAACAAAAGAUAGUUCACCGUCUUAUAAUUCAUCACCAAUUCUUAUAAAUUCAUCUGGCAGUUUAUUGAAUCUAAGAAAGAUUGAACGAAAAGCCAAAUCCACUAAAAUCUUAGUUAACCCCGUCUGCUCCGACAGCGUCGGUACUAGCGAUGAUAGCAAUCGGUCUGAAAAUGUCGUCUCAAAGUGGAAUGGUAAGAAAAAACGCCUUAAGGCAGAAAGUGGAUCAAAAUGUCAUAAGAAGGACGAAUGCAAACGUGAUAAAAAUGAUCCAAUUAGUAGAGGUGAUGCUAAAGAAGAUAAGAAAUCAAUAUCUUGUUUCAAAAUAAAAAGUUCUGAAGGUAAAUCACGUUCAGAGGAUGACCAAAACUUCGGUAAAGAAAAUUGUACAAAUGAAAACGCAAGUAAUCUGAUGAGUACCGAAAAACCCGAUAUUAUUAACCAUUCGAGGAAAAAUAGCAAAGAAAUAUUUAUAGACGAAGGUACUAUGACCGACCAAAUGAUGCUAAGAGCUGACCAAUUGGACACGGGAAAGACUGAUAGUGCUAUAGCGUGUAAGGACAUGAAGAGUUUGGGCUCACAUAUUAUAGCUAUUUAUGCUAACUAA